AGAUCGCUUAGCUUGGAGGAGGUGCUGCAGUACUGCCUCACUGCAUAAGGGAUGGGAUCGGAGAACAGCGCUUUAAAGAGCUACUCCCUGAAAGAACCAGCAUUUACCUUACCCUCUGGGCUUGCUGUCUAUCCUGCUGUACUGCAAGAUGGCAAAUUUGCUUCCGUUUUUGUGUAUAAGAGAGAAAAUGAAGACAAGGUUAAUAAAGCUGCCAAGCACUUGAAGACACUUCGUCACCCUUGCUUGCUGAGGUUUUUAUCUUGUACUGUGGAAGCAGAUGGCAUUCAUCUUGUCACUGAGCGAGUGCAGCCUCUGGAAGUGGCUUUGGAAGUGUUGUCUUCUGCAGAAGUCUGUGCUGGGAUCUAUGACAUCUUGUUGGCUCUUGUCUUCCUUCAUGACAGAGGACACCUUACACACAACAAUGUUUGCUUGUCAUCUGUGUUUGUGAGUGAAGAUGGGCACUGGAAACUAGGAGGAAUGGAAACUGUCUGUAAAGUUCCUCAGGCCACACCAGAGUUUCUGAGGAGUAUUCAGUCAGUAAGAGACCCAGCAUCUAUCCCUCCUGAAGAGAUGUCUCCAGAAUUCACAACUCUUCCAGAGUCUCAUGGACAUGCCCGGGAUGCCUUUUCAUUUGGAACAUUGGUGGAAAGUUUGCUCACAAUCUUAAGUGACCAGGUUUCAGCGGAUGUUCUCUCCAGCUUCCAACAGACCCUGCACUCAGCUUUGCUGAACCCCAUUCCCCAAUGUCGGCCAGCGCUUUCCACUUUACUGUCCCAUGACUUCUUCAGAAAUGAUUUUCUAGAAGUUGUGAAUUUUUUGAAAAGUUUAACGUUGAAGAGUGAAGAGGAAAAAACUGAAUUCUUUAAAUUCCUGCUGGACAGAGUCAGCUGCUUGUCGGAGGAAUUAAUUGCUUCAAGGCUGGUGCCUCUCCUGCUUAAUCAGUUGGUGUUUGCAGAGCCAGUAGCUGUUAAGAGUUUUCUUCCUCAUCUGCUUGGCCCCAAAAAAGAUCAUGCGCAGGGAGAAACUCCUUGCCUGCUCUCACCAGCCCUGUUCCAGUCGCGGGUGAUCCCUGUGCUGCUGCAGUUGUUUGAGGUUCAUGAAGAGCAUGUGCGGAUGGUGCUGCUGUCUCACAUCGAGGCCUACGUGGAACACUUUACGCAGGAACAACUGAAGAAAGUCAUCUUGCCACAGGUAUUGCUGGGCCUUCGUGAUACCAGUGAUUCCAUUGUGGCCAUUACUCUACACAGCCUAGCAGUGCUGGUCUCUCUGCUUGGACCAGAGGUGGUUGUGGGAGGAGAACGAACCAAGAUCUUCAAACGCACUGCCCCAAGUUUUACUAAAACUAUUCACCUUUCCCUAGAAGAUUCUCCCACAUGUGUCUGCAGCCAGCACAGUCAGAUGGUGCCAGUCUUGGAGAACACUUCCUCUAGCAUGUUCCCUAAUUGUUUCUUUUCUGGCAACAUGCCCAUCAGCAGCAAGAAGCAAAUACAGCAGGAUUACUACAAUACUCUUUUACAGACAGGUGAUCAGUUUUCUCAGCCUAUUAAAUUUCCAAUGAAUGGGAUCUCAGAUGUGAAAAAUACUUCCGAGGACAGUGAAAAUUUCCCAUCAAGCUCUAAAAAAUCUGAGGAGUGGCCUGACUGGAGUGAGUCUGAGGAGUCCGAGAACCAAACUUUCAACAUACAGAUUUGGCCUCGAGAACCAUGUGAUGCUGUCAAGUCCCAGUGUACUACCUUGGAUGUGCAGGAGCCAGCUUGGGAUGACUGUGAGCCCAGCAGCUUAGAUACUGAAAUAAACCCAGGAGGUAGAAUCACUGCUGUAAAACCUGUUACCUCAGGGGAGCCCAUUCCUGCUUUGCUUCCACUCACUGAUGAAUCUAAGCUUUGGAAAUCAAGCCUACCCCAAAAGACGAGACUUGUACAAAAUGGGGAUGACUCAGACCAAAUCAAGCCACUAAAAGCGUCAUCACAAGAAAGGCCCCUUAAGGUUCCAUCAGAACUUGGUUUAGGAGAAGAAUUUACCAUUCAAGUAAAAAAGAAGCCAGUACCAGAUCCUGAGUUGGAUUGGUUUGCUGACAUGAUACCAGAAAUUAAGCCUUCAGCAGCUUUUCUUAUUUUACCUGAACUGAGUACAGACAUGGUGGUUCCCAACAAGAAUGAUGUCUCACCAAUGAUGCAAUUUUCCUCAAAAUUUGCUGCAGCAGAAAUUACUGAGGGAGAGGCUGAAGGCUGGGGAGAAGAAGGGGAGCUGAACUGGGAAGAUAACAACUGGUGACAAUAGAUGUGAGCUGAACUUUGGGAAAAUGAACUCCCUUUAAAAAAACAAAGCAAAUUAAUACCUCAAAAGUAGGCUCCAUGGACAAAAAAAAAAAAAAAAAAACAACAAAACCCCAAAGUGGCCUAUUUCCCCUUACCAGGAGUUCUUUUUCUAGUCUGUGCCAACUGAAGUUUGAGACUGACCUCAAGUGCUGGCUAAAAGCCCUGGGUAGUGGAGAGGCUCACAGUACUGUUUUCCAGGAAGAGUCUGCAUUUGACAGAGGCCAGUUUCUGUCAAGAGAAGUAGCUGAGGAAAGGCUGAAUUUACUGCUUUUUCCAGGACAAUUCUGGAAGUAAAGAAAAUAAACAUAAAAAUUCAAGCUGGUUAGCUUAAUUUUGUGCCAUUUCUUUAACAGUCAAAAGACUAAGCUCUAUUAUGAAAUGCAACUUACUGAAAAAAAAUUUUAGCUAUAAAUUAUAUAAAUGAUUUUAAAUUGCUAUCGUUUCCUUAGGCAACUUAUUUAUUUGUUUACAGUGGUACUGUCUGAGUGAAUGGUUCUGUGUGGACCUAGGCAGUUACUGACUGUUUCAUGUGUAUUACAUUGUACCAAAGUUCUUAAUGAGAAAUAUCUCCCACCAAUCCUGUUCUCUAAAUGUCAAAUAAAGACUAUUUUCACUAGACUCAAUUU